AUGAAUUCAAAACUAUCAACGGGAAACCCACCACUUGUUGAGGCUAUAGAGCGUGGGCAAAUACAAAUUGUUCGCCUGUUGAUUGCUAAUAACGCAGAUUUGGAGAUAGUCAAUGAAGAUGGAUGCACUCCUCUACUCAUCGCUGCCGAAAACUAUCGGCUUGAUAUAAUUUCCCUACUUAUAGAAAAAAGCGUUAAUAAGGAAGUCAGUGACAAGAAUUCAAUGACUGCAUUACAUUGGGCAGCAAAACACGGCGACGCGGACUUCGUGGAUUUGUUAUUGAGCAACACCACGAAUACAGAGAAAAAAAACCGUGAUGGUAAAACAGCCCUUUAUAUAUCCACUGAACUCAAUCAUCGAAAUGCGGUAAUGGCGCUAGUUCGCCACGGGGUUUGUGUCAACUGCAAAGACCAAGAUGGAAUUACAGCAGUUCAUAAGGCCACUUUGUUGGGCCAUGCUGAAAUAGUCUCUAUUUUAAUGGACGCUGGUGCCACAGUAGACGGUAAAGACGACCAUAUAGCAGCCCUACUCGACAUAGCC